AUAGGUAUGUAAGUAUCUCCUGUCAACGUCAUCGUAUCCAACAUAACAUGUUUGCUCACAUAUUUCUAUAUGUAUUUUGAUAUAUACAUUUCAUUGCUGAUUAAAAGUGCCGUUAAACAUUUUUCUCAAGUGCAAAAUACAACUUAAAGCCAUUUAUAAAUUAUAAUAUCUAAAGGUUAUACGUAGUGGGAAACAUAUAUUACCAACCCUUGCAAGAUUGUGCCUUAUAUCUACAUUUUUAGAAGAUGGUCUUCGAAUGUGGUUUCAAUGGAACGAGCAAAAAGAAUAUAUGGAUAUGUCAUGGGGUUGUGGAAAAAUCUUGGCCCAUGUCUUCGUUUUCAUUAAUUUAGUUGGACAACUUGGAGGAUGUGUUAUGGUCAUUGGAAGAUGGAAAGUCAACAUAGCUUGUGGAGUUUUAUUUUUCAUAUUGGUUUUACAGACAUUUGCCUACAGUAUUUUAUUUGAUGUGCAAUUCCUGUUCAGGAAUUUAGCACUUAUAGGUGCAUUACUCCUUGUUUUGGCUGAAUCCAGAGUGGAAGGAAGAUCAUUGUUUGCUGGUGUUCCGUCACUUGGCGAUAAUAAGCCUAAAAAUUUAUUGCAACUUGCUGGAAGAAUACUUUUGGCAUUCAUGUUUAUAACUUUAAUUCGCUUAGAAGUGUCAUUCCUUCAAAUUUUACAAGAUAUUCUCGGAAGCAUUUUAAUGUUAUUGGUGACUAUUGGACAUAAAACUAAACUCAGUGCUUUACUUUUGGUCCUUGUACUUUCUGCAUUGAAUAUUUAUCACAAUGCGUGGUGGACUAUUCCAAAUUAUAAACCUUUACGAGACUUCCUUAAAUAUGAUUUUUUCCAGACAUUAUCGGUAAUUGGUGGCCUUUUAAUGCUAGUAUCUUUGGGUCCUGGAGGUGUAUCAAUGGAUGAGCACAAGAAAGAGUGGUAGAUGUUUAAUAAACUACCAUCAAAUACAUCAUACAUUAUCACACAUGUAAAGCCAAACUUUCUCCCAUUCCUAUUUCAUCAUAUGUUUGAUCAAUCUUUAGAUGGGAUUAUCGCAUGCUGAAUGAACAGCUCUAAAAAAAUUUAAUAUGAAUUACUCAGUUUAAAUAGCAAAACAUCGUCAAAACAAAUUUCAAAAUCGACUAUGCAUAUCAAUAUAUGAAUACAUAUAUUUUUUUAAAUAUAUAUAUAUAUUUUUAAUAUAUAUAUAUAUAUAUGAAUGCAAAGUGAAUUUUGAAAGACGAUAUUAUGUCCAUAAAACAGAGUUUGAAAAUUAAAACUACAAAGUGGCUUGCAAAAGACUAAUUUAUAUAAAAAUAAUAGCAUUGUAUAUAUGACACUGCGUUUAUUAUGAAAAAUAUAUUUUUUCUGUGUGUUUUUAA